AUGCAUCACGAAAUACCAAACGACCCAGUCGUCUGCCCAGAGGGAGGGCUCGUUGGCAACCUCGUUGUGGCAGGCGGCUUCAGCGCUAUCAUGGGCGGACUUGGUCUAAUGAACAGCAUUGGGAUCUACCAAGCCUGGAUCUCAACACACCAGCUCUCAGAUAUCAGCGAGGGGCAAAUUGGCUGGAUCUUCGGAAUAUACAACUUCCUUGUAUUCUUCUGCGGGAUCCAGAUCGGACCCAUUUUCGAUAUCAAAGGGCCGAGGCUGCUCAUGUGGAUUGGCUCAAGUCUGCUUGUAUUGACCUUCAUCCUCAUGGGAUUUUGCACGGAGUACUGGCAUUUCCUCAUUGUGAUUGGCAUCCUGGGAGGAACGGGUACAUCUUUCAUAUUCAUUGUACCCGUCGCGAGCAUUGGGCAUUUCUUUGUCAAGCGCCGAGGCGCAGCAACUGGUCUCGCAUUAGGCGGGGGUAGUAUCGGCGGCGUUAUCUUCCCCUUGGUAUUGCUGUACCUCGCACCACAGAUUGGAUUUGCCUGGGCUAGUCGUGUUGUGGGUUUGAUCACGCUGAUUCUUUUGAUCCCCGGCUGUUUUCUAAUCCGAGCGAACUUUCCUCCCAAUGCCCGAUCAGCUCCGUCGCUCAAGGCAUUCCUUCCCGAUCUCACCAUUCUAAAAGACCCAAUCCUCGCUCUGACGACACUAGGGGUUUUCUUCAUUGAAUGGGGCUUCUUCGUUCCACUCGAGUAUGUUGCCUCGUAUGCAAUUGCGAGUGGGAUUGACACCAAUAUUUCGUAUUUGAUGGUCGUCUUUUUGAACGCGGGUUCUUUUCCCGGUCGUUGGUUGCCGGGCAUUGUCGCUGAUCGCAUCGGUCGGUUCAACACAUUGAUUUUGACAAACAUUCUUUGUUUGAUUUCGGUCCUGGGUAUUUGGAUGCCCGCAGAUGGGAAUAUUGUUGCUACGGUGAUAUUCUCUAUUGUAUUUGGAUUCGCUAGUGGAAGUAAUAUCAGCCUUGUGCCAGUCUGCGUGGGAGAGCUGUGUCCUGUCGAAAAUUAUGGGAGAUAUUAUACCACUGUGUACACUAUUGUUAGUUUUGGGGCAUUGACCGGUGUCCCGAUUGCUGGAGAGAUCAUCAAUGUCUGCGAUGGGGAGUACUGGGGACUGAUUGCAUUUGCUGGAUGUUCGUAUGCAGCCGGAUUGAGCUGCUUUGUUGCUGUCAAACUGAUGCAAAAUAAAAGAGGCAAAUCGCUGGCGAAGGUUGAGGCGCCGGGUGUUUAG